GCGCGUGCCCGCGCGCCCGCGCUCGGGGGUUGGGGCCGCGGGGCCUGCGUGCGCGUCCCUCCGCUAAGGCUCUGGUGACCUCUUCCCGCCCCACGCGUCAAGCGUGGGAUCUGCAGGGCAGGGCGAGUGAUUUUGGGGGGUGAAGGAACCCCAAGGCCAGAGGGCAGAGAUCGGGGAGCCAGCUGCCCGAGGCCGAGGCCAGGACAGGAGACCCCACAUUUUCAUUUUGCAGGGCGUCCCAGCCCUGUGCAGCUGCUCCUGUUGAAGGCUUGAGAUAAAGAGUGAAGAGGCCAGAAGGCUCAGUUCCUCCCUCAAGGGCAGUGGGGCUCAGGGCCAGUUUGGAUUCAGUCAGGCAAGUGGAGGUGAGCCACUGUCCCAGCAUGAACUGCACCCCCAGAAACAGGAAGUAGAAGCUAGAGCAGCUGUCUGUUUGCAAUGGCUUGUGAGCCUCCCACAGAUCCUGGUGGGGCAGCUGGUCCCCUGCCCACCUCCACCCUGGGCUGCAGCACCCUGCCUCAGGGGAACCCUCCUGGCUGGGGGCAAGAGCUGCACAAUGGCCAGGUCCUCACGGUCCUCCGAAUCGACAAUACCUGUGCACCCAUCUCCUUUGACCUGGAAGCCGCAGAAGAGCAACUGCGGGCCUGGGGCAUUCAGGUCCCUGCCGAGCAGUACAGGAACUUGGCUGAGAGUGCUCUUUUGGAACCUCAAGUGAGGAGGUACAUCAUCUACAACUCCAGGCCCAUGAGGCUGGCCUUUGCUGUGGUGUUCUACGUGUUGGUGUGGGCCAACAUCUACUCCACCAGCCAAAUGUUUGCCCUGGGCAACAAGUGGGCAGGCGUGCUGCUUGCCACGCUGGCCGCUGUCAGCCUGACUCUGACCCUUGUGCUGGUCUUUGAGAGGCAGCAGAGGAAGGCUAACACUAACACAGACCUGAGGCUGGUGGCUGCCAAUGGAGCCCUUCUGAGAUACCGCGUGCUGCUGGGGGCGACAGACACAGUGGAGGGAUGCCAGAGUGUGAUCCAGCUCUGGUUUGUCUACUUUGACCUGGAGAACUGUGUGCAGUUUUUGUCCGAUCAUGUUCAAGAAAUGAAAAGGAGCCAAGAGUCCUUGCUGAGAAGCAGAUUAAGCCAGCUAUGUGUUGUCAUGGAGACUGGAGUGAGCCCUGUGGUGGAAGGGCCUGAAGAUUUGGAGGAUGCUCCCCUCCUGCCCAGUACUCCUGGUCCUCAGGAGAGACUGCCCACACAGACUGAACUCUAUCAGCUUGUUCCUGAGGCUGAGCCGGAGGAAAUGGCCCGGCAGCUACUGGCAGUGUUCGGUGGCUACUACACCCGGCUCCUGGUGACCUCUCAGCUCCCUCAGCCAAUGGGAACACGACACAUGGACUCUGCAAGGAUCCCAUGCCCCUGCCAGCUCAUAGAAGUACACAUUCUGGGCACAGGAUGCUGCCCAUUCCUGGCCAGGUGACCUAGGGAUGAAGAUGCUCAUCUUCCUCCAAGACUGAGAAGUGGGGGAGGAGUCAGGAGCCCAGCAUGGCCAACAUUGAGCUCAGGUGAGGUCAGCGUUUGGGGACACUUUAGCGAGUGUCAGUCAUGUAGGUUUUGGGGUCAUCAAGUCCACACCAGAUGCCUUCUUGGCAUCAUAUGCUGCCCUGGCCUUGAUGGUUCUGGUGGCUGAGCUGGGGUUACCUGGACUUGAGGCCUGAAUGGAGGAUCACUUCUGUUGCCUGCAAAGCCCCAGGGACCUGUGGCAGACUCCACAAGGCAAGUCUCGGACCGUUGGUGUCAGAAAGCGAGACUGAGGCUCUGAGAGGAUGCUGCUCUUAGAGCAUUGCCUCAGGCUGCGGAUGUCACAAGCCUACCUGCUUUCAGUGAGAGGGAAGAGUCUCAGAAGGGUGAGCUAGCUUGUGAGCUACAGUACUGUCUGGGAUUGUUGUCUGUUAGCACCCAGGUUAUAGAGGACCGGGGUUGGAGGACAGGGGUGAGAAGGAGACAAAAAGCCAAUGAUGAUCCAGAGGGCACUGGAAGAGAAGACCCUGUUGGACUCAGACUGUCUUUGUGUGGCGACAUGCUGGCUUGAGAUUGUGUUUCUGUCUUGCUGAGCAGCAGGGGUGUUUUCUGACACUCACAUUGUUCUGGAAUGAAGUAUGAUCAGAUGCUCUGGGCUUGUGUGAAGAACUCAGAGACUUUCCUAAAGUUUGAAGACUGUCCACAGCCCUAUGCCCAAAGCCCUGGUCUGGUGUGAAGGUCCUACUCCAAGAGCCAGCCUUUGUGGUUUGUGUCCCCCACAAAUCAUCAUUAUAAGUUGGAACUCUUCCUUGAACUGGCAUAUGUAUUCAUUCCUGUUGGACUCUUGUUCACCCCUCAAAAUCCUGCUUUCCCUAUCCUCCCUGCUGUUCUCUGUCUCAUUGAAAUUCCUGAUGGAACUGCUCCCCUUAUGGGUGUUUUAUGUUACCAAGUUUCUCCUGUACAUGCCUCUUUUUCUAUCAAGACGGUCAACUCCUCAAGGUCCAACAUUGUACCCACUUCCUUUUGUGAAUGACCUGGACUUGCUUAGAAAAAAAGUAAUUCUGAAAAGUUCCAUGGAUUGGUUGCCUUACCCCCUCCACCAGUUGUGGCAAAUGCUUCUGUCCAACAUGGUUGAAUGAUAAGACCCAGGUUGUGAUGGACCAGAGAUCUGGCCUUGAGCUCUGUCACUUUAUUUGUGCAGCCUCCCUUUGCCCACCUCUACAGGCUGGAUGGGUUUGGUGAUUUCCAGCUGCUUGUGCUGUUUGUUAUUCUUACCUCGUGCACAGAGUGCUCCCCUGACCCCAAGCUGAGGCAUCCUUGGUGGGAGCCUUCAGAGGGAGCACUGGCCUAAGCUAGUGACCUGGAUUCUUGUUGCCCACCUGCCAUCUGCAGGCUGGGUGACCACGGCUGAGUGCGUUGCUUCUCAGUGUCCACUGACUCCUUUACAGAGCAGUGCAGUGGACCGGGGCCACGCAGCUCAGGAGAUUUUCUGGGUAAGACAUGUCCUGCCUCUUUGUGUUCCUUGUCCAAAAUGGAGGUGUCCCCCAGCCAUGUACCCCGGAAGCUAUGCUCAGUAGAAUCAUUCACUGUCUUUUGAGCCACGGGAAAUGUCACUGUGAAGUUGAUCAAGGGAAGCCCGUGCUUGUCCUCUGGUCACAGAACUCUUGAGCAUAGUGAUGGAAAAUAAAACUGUUCGGCGAGUGAUGGAGCAGCUUGUUCACGGAGGCUUGGUGUGGUCCUUCCACGUUUCCCUGCCUGCUGGAUGGGACUUACGGGGUGAGCCCACGGUGGACCUUUCUUUAUAUGUGCCUCAGUUUCCUCCUUUGUAAAACCCACGUGUCUCGCCUGCUUCACAAGGUUGCCACGAGGAUGAACCAUCCAGCCUUUACUUUUCAAAAGCUAUUUUUAAUCCCAUCCCUGUGCAGGUGAGUUCUAGGAAUUAAACUCAGGUCCUCUGCAAGAGUGGUUUGUGCUCUUACUUCUGAGCCAUCUCUACAGCCCAGUGCUCCUAGGUCUUAAGGUUCAUACCCAUCAGAGGCAGAACCAUGCAGAUAGGAGCAUUCAAAGCCAAGUACUGUCCCAUCAGUCACGGGGGAAGAAAGCACAUGCCCAGCAGAUGUUUCAAACUGAAUGGAAACAACCUUCAGUGCUUGCAACACCAAGUCACAAGCUGGAGCAGGAACUCAAUAACCUGUGGUCGUUUCUCUUUUAAAUUCCUGCUGUCUGGUAUACAGUAGGUACUCAUAUAUGUUUGACUCUUGUCUCAUGUUCAACUAUUCCAGCACCUCAGGGCUAUGCAAAUAAAGAGUUGUCAAAUCUCAAGUUCA